CGGAUCAAGGCUGGCGAAACUGCUCCUCUGAACUCACUUGGAUUCGAUGUAUCCUUUCAUGGUGAUGUGAUUACUAGUGAAGCAAAAGCUGUGGAACAACGAAAAUCUAUGUUUGGUGCCUUCUUCAACCUACCAUUUAUUGAAAAACUUUGUCGAAAGGUAUCUGGAUAUUCCUUUGAUUACCGCCUGAUCGUUACAACAUUUGGUGUGGUACGAAUUCAGAUAAAAAAGGACAUGGCUCUCACUACAACAGCAACAACAUCAACACUAACAUCAGCAGUAGCAACAUCAUCUACAGCAACAACAUCAGUGGCAGCAACAACUGGUAAAGUCGACAGAAAAGGGAAACGAAAACAACAAGUGGUAAUAACAACGGAUACAAGCAAGAGACGAAAAACUCAACCCUCUUCUGGUGAUGACAAGAUGUUGAAGGUCGAUGAACAAUUAUCCAAGUUGAAAGACAAUAUGAAAGAACCAACAAUGGAGCUGGCACAAGUGAAUGCAGAAAUUUCCAAGAUCACCAAUACUUUGAACAGUAUGGCGGCAUCAUUUGGAUCAGGCAAUAUUGGCGGAUCGACAAAGCAACAACGACAAAAGCGAUAUAAAAGAAAGAAGCUGGCCCAGGUCGAUAUAUCAUCUUUGGUUUCAUCAUCAACCAGCAAAAACGAUUUGAUAAAGAAUAGAUCUCAAAUGAAGGCGCGACGUGACAAAUUGAUAUCCCAGCUCUUACAAAUAGAGAACAGUCGAAGUCAAUUGAAAGACGAAAAGAAGGAAGCAUUUGAAGAAGCUUACGUUGAAGAUAAUGAUACAAUCAUCGCUAAUACUUCACCAGUGUUUCAAGCAACCACUUCAGAUCAACUUUUAGUAGGCUGUGAUCCUGGUCUUUCAACGAUGUUACAAACGACUUAUGCUGAUAAACAAAAAGUAUCCUUCUAUUUGUCCCUUGACAACCGUUUCCAACCUCUCGAACAAUUCUCUCAGGAAAUGGAUCUUGACGACGACCGCAGCAUCAGGACAAUGAUGAAGUUACCGACUUUUCCCAUCAGCAGCAAGGAUAUCGAUAAUAAGACGAUGUCAAAAAGGUCUCGAACAAAGAUGAAUAAUAAGAAGGCAAACGAUGAUACUAUUAUGCAAACUGAAGCUGAUCUGGCUGAUUCUGCAGUUAACGUGGCAUUAUCAUACAACAAAGAGGCAAUUAUCAAAAAACACAAGGUAAGAAAAAACUAAAGUAUCAUUAAGUUCAUACGAGUAAUCCUCUUUUUUUUUUUUUUUUUUUUUUUUUUUAAUC